UUCGGUGGAGACCCAGAGAGGGUGAUCGUUAAUGGUGGCUCUGCCGGAGGCGGCAGGGUAAUCUAGCAGUUUCUUUGGAAUGGGGGCGAGCAACAACCUCUUUAUGCAGCCACCGUUGCCGAGUUUCCUGGGUUGCCGACUCUUCUCGACUCAAGUCAGAAGGAGGUUCAGUUUCUACAGGUUAUCUCAGCAGCAGAUUGUUCGGACCUUGGGUGUCUCCGAUCCAUAUCGGAGGAAGAAUACGCUGAAGCUCAGCAAAUAGUGCUCACACGAGGAGUUGGAUAUACCUAUGGCUCGUUCUAUGCUGGGCCUUAUAUUGAUGGGAUAUUCAUUUCGGAGCUGCCUUCGGUUGGAAUGGGAUCGGGAAACAUCGCUUGCGUCCCAUUAUUAACCAGCAGAGGCGGAAAUGAAGGCCAUAUUUUCUCUCUGCUGAAUGUUACAACUGCUGAUGACUAUGAAACGCAGGUUCACUCACUCUUCAAUGGGCAGCUCAACUUUUUCGGCCAGUUGGACCUGAUUUAUCCUCCCGCAUCACCUCCAGGAGUGUAUGCAUAUGAUAACUCUCGCCAACGUGCGGACUGGGUUGUGGGAGACGCUUUUAUCGCAUGC